AUGCAAUACCAAGCCCACCCUCCAGCCCAAACAAGUCCACCUCAAUGCCCACCCCCCAAAACAACAUCAUACACGCCUGACAUCACUCCUACCACACCAUUCUUGUCACGAACUGCCUCCUUCAAGGGACACCCCUUCUUCCCCAUGCCGAUCUCCUGGCCCACCAUAAACCGUCCUGCCAUGCUCUCGCCUCCCCUGGCAUCCCUCAAAUAUCCCAGUACACCACCCCGCCGCAUCGAACGAGUCUCCAUUAACUGCGGCGACGUUCUCACCAAGAAGAAACUUGACCCUCACCGCAACCGUUGUCGCGGCGCUACCUUCACCUGCAUUGACUGUAUGGUGUAUUUCCCUGGCGUCCAGUACCGAUCUCAUACCAGUUGCAUGACCGAGGACCAAAAGUAUCAGGGCGCCCUUUAUAAAGACAAGAAGAACAAGAAACAGAAACACACCCAUACCCACGAUAAUCAGCAACACUACACUCAAGAUCAAGCAAUGGCAGCCGUUCAAACCCCCAUCAACCACACCGCAACCAUGAACCACUACGCCUAUGUCGAGGAUGCUCCCGAGGAUCAGUUCGGCUGGGCCGAGUACGAAGAGAGCAGCGAUGAUGAGUCUCCCAACGGCCCUCCACCAGAGGCUCCUACGCCCCCUUCUGCUGCCCCCGAACCCCAUGUGGACGUCUUUGAAUUCCUCGUUGGAACUGGCCAGACACCCAAUGCCUCCAACAUGAACAUCGGAGAGCAGGACUUGCGUGAAGAUGAGCCAGGAACCUCUCUGGUACGAUACGAGCCCAAGGAGAAGCAGGACGACUAUGCCUACAUGGAUGAUGAUGAACCUCUUGUCGAAUAUGGAAGCGGACCCGUCCCUGCUGCCGAAUUCGUCACACCAGCACCGAAAUCCGAGAGACGCAAGAGCCGCAGCAGCACUGAGAAGAAAGACAAGAAGCGCAAGCGACUCCAUGUUGAUAUUCCUAGCGACCAGGUCAUGACCGACGCCCCUCCCGUUCUGCACUCAGGACUGACUGGCGGUAUCAACCGCAUGAUGCGCCCUGUCUUCCCUCCUUCCCCUGACUACUCCGGUGGUGACAUGCCCGACAUCUCUCCCGCCAGCCCUCUGAAGAAGUCGAAGCACUCUAAACACUCUAAGCAUUCCAAGAGUGCCACUGCUGGUCACAGUAUCUUCGGCAUGAUUGCUGGCAGCAAGUCAAAGUCCAAGAGCAAGAGCAAGAGCAGCAAGUCAUCAUCAUCGAAGUCGAAGAAGAGCUCCUCCUCCUCCUCCAAGAAGUCUCACAAGGACAAGAAGCCCCAGCAGCUCAUUGAAUAUCGCCCCCAGAGCAAGGAUGGCAAGACCGAGCCCAACGAAGGCCAAGUCGUUCUCUACAAGCCCCGUGCCGAUGUCUUUCUUAGCUUUGUCGACAAGGGUCCCGAAAGCGAGAAGGGCGUCAGCUUGAACAGAGUUCUCAAGCGCUUCCACCGAGAGCGCGAGGCUAAUGGCAGCGAGCUCGGCAAGGGCAAGGAAGAGAAGGAACUCUGGAGAUCACUCCGACUCCGACAGAACGAGCAGGGCGAGAUUGUCCUGUUCUCUGUCGAGUAA